AUGGGGAAGAAUUGCACCCAAGUCACCUGGUUCCUCCUGCUGGGGCUCACAGAGCAGGAGGGGCCAAAGGGCACCCUCUUUGUGUUCUUCUUAUUCAUCUAUUCAGUCACCCUCAUGGGCAACCUGGGCAUAAUUACCCUGAUCCACACAGAUCCACAGCUCCACACACCCAUGUACUUCUUUCUGAGCGUCCUUGCCUUCAUAGACUCCUCUUUCUCCACGAUAAACACCCCCAGGUUGCUGGAGAGCUUCCUCACCUCAGGCCAGUCCAUCUCCUUCAAAGGCUGUGUGGUGCAGAUGGCCCUCAUGACUCUCCAUGGUACUGCUGAGUGUCUGCUCCUGGCCAUCAUGGCCUAUGACCGAUUUGUUGCAAUCUGCCACCCUCUCCUCUACCACACCAUCAUGUCUCAACAUCUCUGUGUCCAGCUGGUAGUGGUCACCUACGUGGCUUCUGUUGCCAUUUCAGGUUUACUGACUUGGUACAUCUUCAAGCUGCCCUACUGUGGCCCCAACGUCAUUAACCACUAUUUCUGUGACAUCCCCCCUAUGCUUCAACUUGCGAUGUCCUAUGCCUACAUCUUUGUGACUAUCAGCAGGAUACGUUCCCUGGAGGCUCAGAGCAAAGCACUCUCCACCUGUGCCUCCCACCUCACCAUCAUCUGCCUCUUCUAUGGCACCAUCACCUUCAUGUAUGCUCAGCCAAGCUCUCACACUUCCAUGGAGCAGAACAAAGUUGUGUCUGUCUUCUACACUGUGGUCAUCCCCAUGCUGAACCCUCUGAUUUACAGCCUGAGGAAUAAAGAUGUGAAGGCUGCUUUAAAGAGGAGAUGCCUUGGCAAGCUGUCUGUGUAA